GAAAGUAAAAGGAGGCAACAUAGAUGUGCAUCCAUCUGAGAAAGCCCUCAUUGUCCACUAUGAAGUGGAAGCAACAAUUCUGGGAAAGAUGGGAGACCCCGUGCUGGGGGAGCGCAAGGAAUGUCAGAAAAUCAUUCGGCUAAAGAGUCUUAAUGCAAAUACAGACGUUGCUUCCCUGGCUCGAAAGGUGGUUGAAGAAUGCAAGCUCAUUCACCCCUCCAAACUUGGAGAAGUAGAACAGCUCUUGUUCUAUCUGCAGAAUCGCAGAGAUGCCUCAGCAGGAAAAGAAAAGAAAGAGAAAUCCAGUAAGCCAAAAGAUCCACCCCCAUUUGAAGGAAUGGAGAUUGAUGAAGUUGCCAAUAUCAAUGACAUGGAUGAGUACAUUGAGUUACUGUAUGAGGACAUUCCUGACAAGGUGCGUGGCUCUGCUCUCAUCCUGCAGCUGGCUAGGAACCCUGAUAAUUUGGAAGAACUGCUUAUAAAUGAAACUGCUCUGGGUGCAUUGGCUAGAGUGCUGAGGGAAGACUGGAAACAAAGCGUGGAACUUGCUACCAAUAUAAUUUAUGUUUUCUUCUGCUUUUCAAGUUUUUCUCAAUUUCAUGGAAUAAUUACACACUACAAAAUUGGAGCUCUGUGUAUGAAUAUCAUAGACCAUGAACUGAAGAGACAUGAGCUUUGGCAGGAAGAACUUGCUAAAAAGAAGAAAGCUGUUGAUGAAGAUCCUGAAAAUCAAACCCUGAAAAAGGACUAUGAGAAAACUUUUAAGAAAUAUCAAGGGCUGGUUGUCAAGCAGGAACAACUGCUCAGAGUUGCACUUUACCUGCUCCUAAAUCUUGCUGAGGAUACUCGCACUGAGCUGAAAAUGCGAAACAAGAACAUUGUCCAUAUGUUAGUGAAAGCACUGGAUCGUGAUAAUUUUGAGCUGCUAAUCCUGGUUGUAUCUUUCUUGAAGAAACUCAGCAUUUUUAUGGAGAACAAAAAUGAUAUGGUUGAAAUGGAUAUUGUUGAAAAACUUGUGAAAAUGGUACCCUGUGAACAUGAAGACCUGCUGAGCAUCACUCUUCGACUCUUACUAAAUCUCUCCUUUGACACAGGUCUGAGAAAUAAAAUGGUACAAGUUGGCCUGCUUCCCAAACUCACUGCACUUCUAGCAAAUGAAAACCACAAACAAAUAGCAAUGUGUAUUCUGUAUCACAUAAGCAUGGAUGAUCGCUUUAAAUCGAUGUUUGCAUACACUGACUGUAUCCCACAGUUAAUGAAGAUGCUUUUUGAAUGUCCAGAUGAACGAGUUGACAUGGAACUUAUUUCUUUCUGUAUUAACCUUGCUGCUAACAGAAGAAAUGUACAACUUAUCUGUGAAGGAAAUGGUUUGAAAAUGCUAAUGAAGCGAGCUUUGAAAUUUAAGGACCCAUUGUUAAUGAAGAUGAUCAGGAAUAUUUCACAACAUGAUGGGACAACUAAAAGCCUGUUUAUUGAUUAUGUUGGUGAUUUAGCAGCUCAAAUAUCAAAUGAUGAAGAAGAGGAAUUUGUGAUUGAAUGCCUGGGAACACUUGCAAAUUUGACCUUACCAGAUCUGGACUGGGAACUUGUGCUGAAAGAGUACAAACUGGUCCCCUACCUCAAGGAUAAGCUAAAACCAGGUUCUGCAGAAGAUGACCUCGUUUUAGAAGUGGUGAUAAUGAUUGGAACAGUUUCUAUGGAUGACUCUUGUGCUGCUCUGCUGGCUAAAUCUGGAAUCAUUCCUGCACUCAUUGAGCUUCUAAAUGGCAGGGAUAGGUGUUUUGUAUGUGACAGGAGAAGCAAUUACUCGGUUACUGAUAGAUACAAACUAGUGUAUGUAUUUUAUCAGAUGGUCUUCCACCAAGCCACCAGAGAUGUCAUUAUCAAGGAAACCCAGGCUCCAGCGUAUCUUAUAGACCUGAUGCAUGAUAAAAAUGCUGAGAUUCGCAAAGUUUGUGACAACACUCUGGAUAUUAUAGCGGAAUAUGAUGAGGAAUGGGCUAAAAAAAUCCAGAGCGAGAAAUUUCGAUGGCACAACUCUCAGUGGCUGGAGAUGGUGGAGAGUCGGCAGAUGGAUGACAGUGAGCAGUAUCUGUAUGGAGAUGAUCGUAUUGAGCCCUACAUCCAUGAUGGGGAUAUUCUGGAAAGACCUGACCUCUACUACAAUGCAGAUGGCCUCAUAGCCCCCGAUGGAGCGGUGAGUCCAGAUUUCUUCAGCGAUUACCAUCUUCAGAAUGGCGACUUUGUUGGGCAGCAUCCCUUCUCUAGCAGCAUUGGAGUUGAUGGAUUUGGUCAAUCAUCAGGGGUUCCCGGCCGCCCAGCCACUGCAUAUGGAUACCGCCCGGAUGAACCGUACUACUACAGCUAUGGAGCACGAUAA